UUUUAGGUUGGCUAAGAGAUUGACUGUACACUCGUCCAAAUCAGAAAUGGCGAAAUCAAUCGCAAAAGUUCUCAUAACACUUGUGUUUUUUAUCGGUAUUUCGCAAGCCAUGAUGGUGAAAUACAAGGACUGCGGCUCAAAAAGCAUUAUUUCUGAGGUUGAUGUUAGCCCCUGCACUUCCCAACCGUGUGUUUUGAUAAAAGGCAGCAAUGAAACAAUUGAUGUCCAUUUCACCCCAGAAAAAGACAUCAAAAGUGUUGCAGUGAAUCUCCAGGGCAUCAUCGGUGGUGUGCCCCUGCCAUUUCCAGUCCCACACCCAGACGCAUGCAGCUGGCCAGGCAGUGGUUUGAAAUGCCCUUUGAAGAAAGGACAGCAGCAGCAUUACACAAUGCAAUUGCCUGUCAGACACUCCUAUCCAUCGCUGAAGCUGCUUGCAAAGUUGUCUUUGGUGGACCAGACAAAGAGUGCAUUAGUUUGCGUCGAGAUUGCUCUCCAAAUUAAAUAAGCUUCCAAAAAGAGCUUGAAAUAAAACGUUUAUGAUUGAUGAUGAAAUAUAAAAUGAUUUUACAACGUAGCAGAAAUAUAUCAGAAACUUGAUUGUUGCAACUAAUGAUCCUGAGAUUCGACGGUUUGCAAGAGUCAGCAUAUACACAAAUGAAGUUUGAAAGAUUAUUGUGAAUUUUGGUAGACUAGAUUUUUAUCAGCAACCAGUGUUCUUCGCAACAGUCAGUAUUUUCUUUAGACGUUGAAGCUUUUGAUUAGCAAUAAAUUUUACUUUUCCUAUUUUCUUGCGCCCUUGCUAAUUAUCUUCCAACAUUUUGCUUUUUUUUUCUGACGUCAUACUCUCUAUCUUUUUCUUGCCUUUAACAUAUUAUUUUUAAUAUAAUUUCUUGUCCUAUACUGUUUGAUUUGUCACACACUUUUCAAAGUCGCACAUAUAUUAAAUGUUGAUUAACCUUAAAGAAAUUAUUAUUUGAUAAAUUCGUUUGACCAUCA